AAAAAUACAUUUCCCAUUACAAAAACACCAAAACGACACCAUACGCAUCACUAAUUGCAGUCCCACCCCUCCACCUCGAACCUUCCUUUCUUCUCCACAUAACUGUGAGCUCACUGAUGCAUUCACAUUUUGCUAUUCUCCUCUGUUAUAGCUACGGUUUCGCACUUCAAUCAUGUGAAACCCUAGCUAAGUUAUAGCUCUACAGAAAUGGGGAAUUGCUGCAUAUCUCCGGCAGCAGUAGCGACAGAAGACGUAAAAUCAUCAAACUACUCCGGCCACGAUCACCGCCGGAAAGAAAACUCCGGCGCCGGAAAAAACCAAAAACCAAUCACCGUACUAGCCGACGUAAAGAAAUCGAAUAUCGAGGAAAUAUACUUAGUUGAUAGAGAAUUAGGAAGAGGUGAAUUCGGAAUAACCUACCUCUGUACCGAUCGUAACAGCAGUGAAAUUUUGGCUUGCAAGUCGAUUUCGAAGCGAAAACUUAGAACAUCUGUUGAUAUAGAGGAUGUAAGGCGAGAAGUGGCUAUAAUGAAGCAUUUGCCGUUAGAUUCCAGCAUUGUGAGAUUUAAGGAAGCUUGUGAGGAUGAGAAUGCGGUGCAUUUGGUUAUGGAGUUGUGCGAAGGCGGCGAGCUGUUUGAUAGGAUAGUGGCAAGGGGGCAUUACACGGAGCGUGCUGCUGCGGCUGUCAUGCGGACGGUUGUGGAAGUGGUGCAGCUUUGUCAUAAGAAUGGUGUGAUUCAUCGAGACUUGAAACCUGAGAACUUUUUGUUUGCUAAUAAAAAGGAGAAUUCGCCACUUAAGGCUAUUGAUUUUGGUUUGUCCAUAUUCUUCCAGCCAGGUGAGAGGUUUUCUGAAAUUGUUGGAAGCCCUUAUUAUAUGGCUCCGGAGGUGCUCAGGCGAAACUAUGGACCAGAAAUAGAUAUAUGGAGUGCAGGAGUCAUUAUGUAUAUUUUGUUAUGUGGAGUUCCUCCCUUUUGGGCUGAAUCUGAACAAGGUGUUGCUCAGGCCAUCUUACGUGGAGCAAUAGAUUUCAAGCGUGAACCCUGGCCGAGUAUUUCAGAGACUGCUACAAAUCUUGUACAACAAAUGUUGGAGCCAGAUCCAAAGCUUCGACUAACUGCUAAACAAGUACUUGAACAUCCUUGGCUUCAAAAUGCUAAGAAGGCUCCUAAUGUUCCUCUUGGAGAUGUUGUCAAAUCAAGACUUAAGCAGUUUUCAAUGAUGAAUAGGUUUAAGAGGAAAGCUCUGAGGGUGAUUGCUGAUUUCUUGUCUAAUGAAGAAGUUGAAGACCUCAAAGAAAUGUUUAGCAAGAUAGAUACUGAUAAUAACGGUAUUGUUUCAGUUGAGGAACUAAAAGCCGGGCUUCAAAAAUUCAAUUCACAGCUGGCAGAAUCUGAAAUACAGAUGCUUAUUCAAGCAAUUGAUACCAACGGCAAGGGGACCCUGGACUAUGGGGAAUUUAUUGCCGUUUCUCUCCAUCUUCAAAGGAUGGCAAAUGAUGAACAUUUGCACAAGGCUUUCUCCUACUUUGAUAAGGAUGGCAAUGGAUAUAUUGAACCACAUGAGCUUCAAGAUGCACUGAUGGAGGAUGGGGCAAGUGACUGCACCAACAUUGUGAAUGACAUUUUACAGGAGGUUGAUACGGACAAGGAUGGCUGCAUUAGCUAUGAAGAAUUUGUAGCCAUGAUGAGAACUGGGACAGAUUGGAGAAAGGCUUCUCGACAUUAUUCAAGGGGGAGAUUUAAUAGUCUAAGUGUGAAGCUAAUGAAGGAUGGGUCACUCAACUUGGGGAAUGAGUAAAGUUUAUGCUGGUCGCUCUUUCAUUCAUCAUAAUUAAGUACUCGAUCAGAUUCUUCUAUAUCAUAUCUUCAUUGUUUGUGGGGUUCCCUUUAGACAAUUGGCUUGCCAGUGACAAGAAGAGGCGGCUUCACCUGGUUAACCAAAAGUUUCAAAUUGUUAAUUUAGUAAACCAAAUAGUUUUUUAGCCAUUGGGUACAUAAGUGUGAUUCCGCUCUCUACCUCUGAGUUGUCUUGUUCUCAAAAUCAAGAAAAUGCGGAAAAUAUUUACCCUACAGCAUAAUUGGGAAAAGAAAUGUGCUAGUCUUGUUUCACCCUUUCUGUACUUAUCAUUUUCAAGGACUUGGACUGUUUAUACAAAUAUUUGGGUUGAAAUGCCGUGUGUAGGUAUUAUCUGA